AUGAAGAAAAAGAAGAGUACAAAAAAGAAGAGUUCCUCCAAAAGUGAACAAUCCCUGAAGUCAGUCACUGAAGACAAGGUAGAUGCAAGAAGUGCUGAUCCAAGUACUCUAAUAUCAGGGGUGCCUUCUACGUCUGCUGGUAGUGGCAAGAAAAGACAAAAGAAAGGACAGAAACUACGUUCAAGCAGAUCUGUAAAGGCUUUGGAGAAGCUAGAGUUUCAGACUGAAAAGCUAAAAUUAGAUGAUAUCUACUAUGAUAGUCUUAUCAAUCAUAUGCAUCAGUGGCUGCAAGAGAAGUCCAUGGUUGCUAAGGAAAUGUUUAAAUGUAUGGAUAGUCAAGGUGAAGGUGUUGUGUCUUAUGAUGAAUUUAAGGCUGGGAUGUUACAUCUCGAUGCACCCGUUAAUAAAGUGGAGCUUCACCUUCUGUGCAAACUCCUGGACAGAGACAGCAUUGGAGAAAUCAACUACACAGAACUACAGCAAGGUCUGGAGUAUCUAAGGGAAGCCAGAGAGGUGGACAGGCAGAGAUUGAGAGAUGGACGUCUGCUUCUAGCUACCGAGCGCAAGUUUCCAUCUUGUCCCUGCUGCAAGAUGAGCAUUGUGGAGCCUUGGAAGGAGACACUGCCAAAAUACCUUCUGGUAGAAUUAAGAUCAAUCACAUUUGACAAGUUCCGCAACUACCCUGGACAUCUGCAGCUGUUGGUGCACUCGCAUUUGUCAGUUCUUGGACUCAUCCAGCUGAUAACGGCAGAGACAGAGAUCAGUUCCAGCAAGCUUGCCAUCUUUCGAGACAAGUCCUGGGGAGUGGAGUCGUUACUCCAGCCAAGCUUGACCCUGGAAGAAUGUGGCUUCUUAGGAGAGAGCAGAGAUAGUCCUGAAGAAGUCACAUUGUUUUAUGAUUAUUCUGUAGAGUUCAGAGACUGUCCAGUCCUUUUGUGUGACCAUUAUUUCGGACAGAAAAACAAUAACUAA